ACAGAAGAUAACAUAAUGGCACUAAGUUCUCUUACUCCGUCGAACAUGCUCGGCGAACUUGGAAGACUCGCGAACUGGUUAAAAGGCGACUGUGUAGCGCCUGAAGAGUAUGCCGGUUUGGCUGUCACGGAAAAGUUGGACAAUGUCCAGAUGUUGGACAAAUACAACCUCCGGAACCCGUCCAAGGGGACGCUGUUCUUCGCCACCACGCAUCUCAUAUUCGUCGACCACGAGAUGAGGAAGGAGACAUGGAUACUUCUAACACAUAUAUCUACCGUAGAGCGGUUGCCGAUUACUACGACAGGCUCGCCUCUGCUUGUACGCACAAAAACAUUCCAGUCAGUAUUUUUCGUCAUUCCCCGCGAGCGAGAUUGCCAUGAGAUGCAUCAGACUCUGCUAAGACUCAGCCAGCCAGUUCAUAUCGACGAGCUUUACUGUUUCUACUACAAGUCGACACCAGACGAUCUACCGAAGACAGCUGGAUGGAACUUCUUCGACCUUGAGACGGAGUUCCAGAGGAUGAACGUCCCCAACGAACAUUGGGUGCAUUGCACUGGGAAUAAAGACUACGAGCUCUGCGACACAUACCCAAGUGUACUCUACGUGCCUGCUCGUGCCACCACAGCUGUUUUAUUAGGCAGUGCGAGUUUCCGAUCACGCGGCCGUUUACCUGCACUGGCGUACUUGCAUCACAAUAAAGCCGCUAUUGCAAGAUGCAGUCAACCUCUAAGCGGAUUUUCUGCCAGAUGUAUGGAGGAUGAACAAAUGUUGGACCUAAUAAGGAAAGCGAACCCAAACUGUGGAUAUAUGUACGUGGUCGACACAAGGCCUAGAAUUAACGCAAUGGUGAACCGCGCGGCGGGCAAGGGGUACGAAAACGAAGCGUUUUACGAGAAUAUUAAAUUUCAAUUCAUGGGAAUUGGGAAUAUUCACGUUAUGAGGAAGAGUCUGCAGAAACUUGUUGAAACGUGCGAACAAAACACCCCGACGAUGUCGUCGUUCUUGAGCGGAUUAGAAUCUUCCGGCUGGCUGAAACAUAUCAAGUCGAUCCUCGAGACAUCGGUGUGGAUUGCUAAUGCGAUAGAGAGUGGCGUGAGUGUGUGCGUGCACUGCAGCGACGGGUGGGAUCGUACAGCGCAGGUCUGCUCUAUAGCUGCACUGUGCCUCGACCCUCACUACCGCACCAUCAACGGGUACCAGGCGUUAAUAGAAAAGGAUUGGCUGACAUUCGGGCACAAGUUCACGGCUCGAUGCGGCCACAUCGCGUGCGACGGCCGCGAACGCUCGCCCGUCUUUACACAGCUUCUCGACUGCACCUGGCAGCUGCUAAGACAGCUACCUGAGGCCUUCCAGUUCAACGAGCGUUUCCUAUUGGAGCUGCACGACCACGCCCACGCCUGCCAGUACGGGACAUUCGUUGGCAAUUGCGAGAAAGACCGGAGAGAUCUCAGAUUAUCGGAACGUACGUUUUCGCUGUGGGGCUACAUGGCGAAUCACUUGAACGAAUACAAAAAUCCUCUAUACAACCCAAAGGCGUAUCUCGACGUCAUCAAACCCGAUCUCAGUGCUCAAAGUAUACGAUUCUGGCGGGGCAUGUUCUGCCGACACGAGAGCGGCGUCCACCCUCGAGAGCCUCUGGGCGACCUACUGCCUGCUGCAGUGGACCACUGCUCAGCUCUGGACUUCCACAUCAAUUACCUCACCAAGCGAAUAACGACUUUCAAGAACCUGCUAUCAGGCAAUCGAGCCGAAAAGAGUGACGCAGUUGUGAACUACCAGAACGGCAACCUUGACGCAGUCGAAAUCGAGACCAAGACCGAGGCCUUGCAGAUUGAUAACAAGUUACUGUACGACUCUGGCAGCACCCUGUCGGAACUAGAGUGCGCAAACCACGACCAUCCAUUAAAAGACACCCACGGACCUUCGAAACCUAAUAAAAUACCUCUUAUUACUGAAAGAGUAGACGACUCGAUACCGCCAACUUUCGUCGCGCUCGAGCAAGAGGUGAACACUGUGGCUAUUGACUGGAAGAGCCUUAAGAACAUCACUGAGUGCAGCUGCUCCACGCCGCUAGAUCAUUUCAGUACUAAGCACCACUGCUGGGGCUGCGGACGCGCCGUGUGCACGCGCUGCGUGUGCGCGCGCCUGUCGCGGCCGGCGCUGGCGUCGCCGCGCGCCGUGCCGCUGUGCGCCGCCUGCGCCGGCUCCGCGCCCUCCACGCCCGCCUCGCCCCCCGCGCCCCCGAAGGAUCUAGUCACACCAAGUAAUUAAAGUCUGCUUUAACGUAAUGAAAAAAAUAAUUUAAAAGUAUAUGAAAAAAAAAAGUAAAUAAAUAAAAGUAUAUGUAGAAAAUAUAAACAAA